AUGGGCCACGGCCCAGGCGAGAGGCGAGGCAAGGCCCCUAGGGCAGCCCCCAGAGGCGUGCGAGCCGAAAGGAGCCGUCCACAUCGGUCCCCGGGCGCGGAAACUAGGCCACGCCGUGCUCACCUCCAGGCCCCGAGGGACGCCUGUAGGGAAAGUAAACCAGGAGGACUGGCCACAUGGGCCACGCCACCGGGCGUGGGCACCGCACGCCCAGGCAUCAAGGAGCCCGCACGCCCGGGCGUUAAGGAGCCCGCACGUGCACGCCUCGUGGCCCAGGCGCCCACUAGGGCCACGGGCGAAGCAGUGGCCCCAGGGACCACGCCUAGCCUGGCCGCCCGGGCGACACCACCAGAUGUGGCGCCGCCCACACCACGCGGCCCUCAGCCCAGGCGCGAGGCGAGCCAAGACCCCAGAGGGAAGAAAGCCGUAAGGAGCCUGGCCACGUGGCCCACGCCGUACCCUGGGCAUGGGCACCAGGGCACGCCGUGCACCUCCGGGCCCCUAGGGGCGCCCCCUAGGGCAAGGAAACCAGUAGGGCUGACCACAUGGGCCACACCAGCAGGCGUGGGCGACCCCGGCCCAUGUGCGUAG